GACCGGAAGUUGGUCUCCGUGGGUCGCGAGGGCUCAGCUAGGCGUCCUCCCGGGAAUGUGGAGAGCUGGCAGCAUGUCCGCGGAGCUGGGAGUCGGGUUUGCGCUGCGGGCCGUGAACGAGCGUGUCCAGCAGAGUGUGUCACGGCGACCGCGGGAUCUCCCAGCCAUCCAACCCCGGCUAGUAGCGGUCAGCAAAACUAAACCUGCAGACAUGGUGAUUGAGGCCUAUGGUCACGGCCAGCGCACUUUUGGAGAGAACUAUGUGCAGGAACUACUAGAAAAGGCAUCAAACCCUAAGGUUCUGUCUUCAUGUCCUGAGAUCAAAUGGCACUUCAUUGGCCAUUUACAGAAACAGAAUGUCAACAAACUGAUGGCUGUCCCCAACCUCUUUAUGCUGGAAACGGUGGACUCUAUGAAGUUGGCAGACAAGGUGAACAGUUCCUGGCAGAAGAAAGGCUCUACUGAACGGCUGAAGGUUAUGGUCCAGAUCAACACCAGUGGAGAGGAGAGUAAACAUGGCCUUCCGCCUUCAGAGACCAUAGCCGUGGUGGAACACAUAAAGGCCAGUUGCCCCAACCUGGAGUUCGUGGGGCUCAUGACCAUAGGAAGCUUUGGACAUGAUCUUAGUCAAGGACCAAACCCAGACUUCCAGAUGUUACUGCGCCUGCGGCAGGAGCUGUGUGAGAAGCUGAGCAUUCCCGUGGACCAGGUGGAGCUGAGCAUGGGCAUGUCCGUGGACUUCCAGCAUGCUAUUGAGGUGGGAUCUACAAACGUCCGGGUAGGAAGCACCAUUUUUGGAGAGCGGGAUUACUCCAAGAAACCCGCCCUAGACAAGACUCCGACAGACCUGAAGGCGUCAGUGCCGUUGGUGCAAGAACAGUGAGGCCAGCUAGAAAGAUCAACUAUGCACCAGCCUAGGUUUUCAUGGUGGUCCGCAUGUUCCCAAUCACACUCUUCUGUGGCCUGUAUAGAGCCAUGAGGAGCCAUGUCUUGAUGGAAACCACCCGUGCUUCGCCUCUGCUCUGGAAAGCUGGGUUAAGCAGUGGCUCAGGCUUGAAUUUGAGGAGUUCUGAGACUUCAGAACCAACACCGAAUCAGUAGCCAGGAACUGAAAUCAACUGAACUCUGCUAGAAGGACCCAGCCCUGUUGCUGGUGCCCAUAACCCUGAAAAUCAGACGAAUCCCCAUUUGCCAUCCCCCUCUUAAUAGAACACCCUACAAGUCCUCACCGAACACUCCUCGCUACUCUGGGAUGAGUGAUCUUUGCUCCCAGUUUCUACCCUGACCAGUAGAUGUCUCUAGUCACAGCUCCUCUGUGGCGCUGACCUGAAAGUCCAGGAUAACUUGUAAAGAGCACUUGGGCCUUUCUGACGUCAUCCUGCUGAGGGACUUGAGGACUAUAAUGAUGGAAAGAGAGUGACAGGAUUUCUUCUCGAUCAUAACUCUUUUGUGGCUUCAGCAAAGACCAUCUCCCACUCGGAGACAUGGUCCUUCAGGAUCAGUUCCGGCACAUGGUUUCAACAAGGCUUCACUUGCUUUUUCUUUUCCCGGGGAAGUUUGUAAGCACUGGGUCUUGUAGCUCUUGAUUGCUCAUAAUGCAGGAAGAUCUUCAAGAACCAGGAAGCAGCUGUGUGUGGUAUCGCCUACCUGUAACUCUGGCUUUCAGGAGGUGCAGGCAGAAAGAACGAGAAUUAGACACCAGACAAAGGCUCAAUGAGACCCUGUUUAAAAACCAGAUAAGUAAAUAACAAAACAAACUAGGACGCUCAAGUCUCCGGCCCUCAGAGAAGAGCCUCCGUGCAGGCUGUUUGUCUCCUGAUUGCCUUUUCUCUUGAUCACUCCUGCCUCGCCCUGUCCCUCCUUUACCCAGUAACUUCAGAAUCUGCUGCUGCUGCUGCUGCUGCUGCUGCUACUGCUGAAUGUAAUUUCAUAAACUUAAACCACUGCGGUCCUUGUUCUGUUUCAGUCGAAGCUCACGUGGUAUUCCAGAGUCUGCUAAAUACAAACGAACAUGAGCUUGAAUUAUACCAUCUGUGCCAACUACCAAGAAAUUAAAGGUUUAUUUUUA